CGCUGAGGAGUGCGAAGAGACAGAUCCAAGAUGGCUGCGCCCAUGUAAUGCCGGCAAGCGGCGGCCCUUGACCUUUCCCCCUUCCUCCGCUCUUUUGCGGAGGUCUCUGCUGGGCAGCUGAGCUCGGAGGGAGCGACACCAUGUUGGGCCUCAGCCUCCGAGAAAUUUCUGCUGCACUGAAGCAAGGCCAAGUCAGUCCAAAGGAGCUUUGUCAAAAAUGUCUCUCCCUUAUCAAGGAAACCAGAUUUCUUAAUGCUUAUAUUACUGUAGCAGAAAAGAAAGCCUUACAGCAAGCUGAAGAAUCAGAAAAGAGGUAUGAGAAAGGUCAGUCUCUUGGAAUUUUAGAUGGAAUUCCCAUUGCUGUAAAAGACAAUUUCAGCACUGCUGGCAUUGAAACAACAUGUGCAUCCAAUAUGCUAAAAGGUUAUAUACCUCCUUAUAAUGCAACAGUUGUUCAGAAGUUAUUGGAUCAGGGGGCCAUUCUUCUAGGAAAAACAAAUUUAGAUGAAUUUGCUAUGGGAUCUGGAAGCACAGAUAGUAUAUUUGGGCCAGUUAGAAAUCCCUGGAGUUAUUCAAAGCAAUACAGAGAAAAGAGAAAGCAGAACCACCACAGAGCGGAUGAAGAUUCAAAUUGGCUAAUCACUGGAGGCAGCUCUGGAGGCAGUGCUGCUGCUGUAUCUGCAUUCACAUGUUUUGCGGCUUUGGGAUCUGACACAGGAGGUUCAACAAGAAAUCCAGCUGCUCUAUGUGGGCUUGUUGGUCUAAAGCCGACCUAUGGAUUAGUUUCCCGUUAUGGUCUCAUUCCACUGGUGAAUUCGAUGGAUGUUCCAGGAAUCUUAACUAGAUGUGUGGAUGAUGCAGCAAUUGUGUUGGAUACACUGGCUGGGCAUGAUCCAAAAGAUUCUACCACAAUACAAGACUCUGUUGGACCAUUUAUACUUCCCAUUUUGAAAGAUGUUAGCAAGUUAUGUAUAGGAAUACCAAAGGAAUAUAAUGCACCAGGAUUGUCAAGUGAAAUGCAAACUCUUUGGUAUAAAGCUGCUGAUCUUUUUGAGUCCAAGGGGGCCAAAGUAGUGGAAGUGUCUCUACCCCAUACCAGUUACUCAAUUAUUUGCUAUCAGAUCUUAUGCCCAGCAGAAGUAGCAUCAAACAUGGCAAGAUUUGAUGGACUAGAAUACGGCCAUCGGUGUAAUGUAAAUGUGUCUACUGAGGCUAUGUAUGCUGCAACAAGACGAGAAGGGUUCAAUGAUGUAGUAAGAGGAAGAAUUCUCUCAGGAAAUUUUUUCUUAUUAAAAGAGAACUAUGAUGAUUACUUUGUGAAGGCACAGAAAGUGAGACGACUCAUUGCUAAUGACUUUAUGAAGGUCUUUAAUUCUGGGGUGGAUUUCUUGCUUACUCCCACCACCCUUAGUGACGCAAUGCCCUAUUUGGAGUUCAUCAAGGAAGACAACAGAACUCGCAGCUCCCAGGAUGACAUUUUUACACAGAGUGUAAACAUGGCAGGUUUGCCAGCUGUAAAUAUACCCAUGGCCCUCUCCAGUCAAGGUUUGCCAGUUGGGCUACAGCUGAUUGGACGUGCAUUUAGUGACCAACAACUCCUUACUGUUGCCAAGUGGUUUGAGGCACAGGUGCAGUUUCCUGUCAUUCAGUUUCAAGAAUUAAUGGAUAAUUGUCAAGCUUUCUUUCAACAUGAAAAGAUGGCUUCAGUUUCAUUAAAAUAGUAAUGAUAAAGACUUUUGUACAAAUUCAGAAUGACUUUGAAGGUAUUUUUACUAUAAAAAAAGAAAGGCUUUUAAGAAGUUCACAUGAUCUUCGUAAGUGAUUAUAAUUGAAUUUAUUUUCAGCAUAAUAAUUCUAAUGAUUAUGGGCUUACAAAGUAUAAAUAAAACUAUUUCAACCAUUUAAUAUUUAUUAAAUAUGCUCUAUAUGCUAAGCACUAUGCUUUGAGGGGAGAUAGGGAAUAAUAGGAGGCAGUCGGCAUAAAUUUGAGUAAUAACUUUGAGUAGGUUACACCACUACUGAGAGACAGAAAGCAAAUCAGAAUACAAGCACACACAAAAAUGGGACCCUCUAACAGGUGCAGUUUUUGUCUAGGGGCUCCAAUCUUUCCUCUGCUUGUUGUUUCCCAUUAGUUUCUAAGACAAAGAAUCCUUUACUACCAUGCUUGUCUGUAAUAGUGAAAGAAUAUACUUUAGGUAAAACAUGGUUCAUAUAAAGCUUCAUAUUUAUUUUAUCCCUUGAUAUAUAUGUAUAUAUAAAACACAUCAUGUCUAAGUUUAUUCUUCAUACUGCAAUAAGGUAUCAUCUAAGAGAUUAAAUUUUGCCAAUUUUUAGCAAGAGGAAAACAGUUCAGAGAACCAGUUUGAUGGAGCCAACAUCAGUUUGAUCUGUUUGUAUUUUUAUCACUUGAAAUAAAGGGGAAUCACUUUUCAAAGAACAUCAACUCUGUUGAUGCUACAUUCCUGCUUAAUCAGUGCUAACAUUUUGAAUCUAGAAUUAGAGAAGAGAAACAUUCUCAAUUCUCACAUAAUAAUACCUACCUACCAUGAAAUGAUGUCUAAUUUGUUUUCCUUUGUCUUCCAUCACUAACCCAAACCUGGUCGAUCAUAUCCUGCCAAGUCACUGUCUGGGAAUUUAAGUGGCAAAUGGGUUCUGUGUCUGAGUUAAUUAAAUCCUGAAAUUGUUAGCAGGAGAGCUGCUAGAGCAGGACAGCCCUAAAACGAGAGAGUAACUGCAAGUGUAAGAUGAGUUCUUUGAUAAGACAUAAUAAAACAAAACAAAACAAAACAAAAAAUCAAUGAGGGAAGAAAUGACAAGGCAAAUUUCACCAAAGUGAAAAAAUGUGUGAUGAGAUCACAGAACUUGGCAGCCUGACAUAAGCAUCCUGCCAAGAUUAAGUGGGAAAACUGGUGUUCCAUGUCAAUCCACUCUUGAUGUCAUCCAGAGUCACCUGAAACUCAGGGAUGGGAGUGGUCAGAAUAGACCGAAAGUUCACUUUGUAUGGCCAAGGGAUAUGAGGUCCUGGAUUACAAAGAAAGAAUUAAGCCUGGCAACAAAAUGCCUAAUAAAAAAAAGUAAUACCAAGGAGGAAAACAUAUGAUGAUUUCUAAGUAUUUUGGAAUAGAAGAAAGAAAUGUACAUUUAAUCCCUUCUUCAAGGUAAUGAAGCAAACACUACUAGAGGUGAAAAUCAUGGUUGAUUUUAAACUUUUCCAUUAAUUAUUUUCUCAGCAUAGUGGCAAUCCAGAGUAUAGAUUUGUAGCCAGGGCAGGAUCAAUACCCUGAGGAGUAAAGAAUGAUUUACAGUAAUGGCCUUCGAAGACAUCAGUCCAGCCCUAGCUCAUCUCAGAGCAGUGCUGCCUCUGGACCCAAAAUUGGUAGGACUAUGCUAUGUAAGAAUUGAGCUAAGUUUAGCUUAUUUUCCUCAGAAACCAAUUUUGUAUAUAGGAGACAUGCCUCCCAGGUAUUCGGGCAAAAUUCUGUUUUUUGUUCUAGCUGUGUUUGAUAAAAUAAAAAUAAACAAAUCCUUUUAUAAAAGCUACCCAAUGUUACGUGGGCAAAUGGAACUGGAUUACCAUUCAUUGGCUCCCUAACGGUUGCAGGGGGAGGGAGACUUCAGUUCGGGAAACAAAAAGCAAAAUCUCUCACUCUUGUAUCCUUUCUCACACAAACCACUACACACCCUAGUCAUUAGUGAGGCAAAUUUCAGUCAUUCCAAAAGGGUUCAUACCUUGCUGGCUUAGGUCCCAGAAUAAUCAUGGAGAUUACCGUGGUUCUGUUCCAUGCUUGAUUACUAACUAAUAGCAUGACUGGGCAGAUCAUGCUCAAAACUGGUCUUACACAAAUAGUUCUCAAAUUUCAUCACACCACAAGAAUUGCAUUUGGGCAUGAAAUCUGUGUUGACCACCUUGCCCCCUUUUGGAAAUCCUAGUAGUAUCUGCUGCUCCCUGUGCCAUUAGGUGAAGAGAAUGUAGGAAACGUCAAAUCUUUUGACAAAUGAAAAUGAAAACCAAAGAAAAAAGUACACAGGUGGAGAUAGACUUCUCUUAAACUUAUAGGCUGCCACCUAAUUCUUAUUUGGUCUUCUGCCAAUUUUUUUUUGGUUGUUGUUUUUGAACAUUUAUU